UUAAGUUGUCACUAGAGGCACAAGCAGUACAACCAUCACCAUGUGCUCGCGCGGAGAUAGAGCUUGACCGCAUUUUGCGUAGAAUGAAUGACUCCUCAUAAGAGGCGUGGUAAGGUAGGCUGCUCACUAGGCCCUGUUCCGAGUAUCUUUUGACUUUUCACCUCAACACUCAAUUGAAUGUCACUCGUGUUGGCCUUCUUGUCACUACCAACAUAGAAGCCAUCAUGUCGAUUUUACCUGCAGACUCGUCGUCCUCGACGCUUUCAACUGAUGCCAACGAGGCCAAUGACGUGGAGAGCCAGAAGGCCCCUUCUCACCAAAAGCUAUCCCAUUGGCGUAUGGUUCUGAGUCCAGCAGGGAUUACCGAUGAUGUCGUCAACUAUCAAUAUAAAGGAUCUGGAACGACCGAAGAUCCAUUUCUGGUCGAAUUUAUUCCUUUCGACCAGCGAAAUCCGAUGGAAUGGCCCGAUUGGAAGAAAUGGGCAAUUACUCUGACUGUCGCCUUUGCAACUCUAGCAGUCUCUCUGGUCGCCUCUGCCUAUUCUGCGGCGAUACCACAGAUCAUGAAGGAGUUCGGCUGUAGCGAGGAAAUUGCAACCUUGGGUACAUCCUUCUUUGUCUUGGGGUUCUGCUUUGGUCCUACCAUUUGGGGACCUCUCUCAGAACUGUACGGACGACAAGUCCUCUUCUUCGGAACAUUCGCCAUCAUUACGGCCUUCAAUGGUGCCGCUGUUGGUGCGCAUUCUAUCGCGACGUUGACAGUCUUCCGCUUCAUCGCAGGAACGUUCGGUUCCUCACCGCUGACGAAUGCCGGAGGUGUCAUAGCAGACAUGUUCCCAGCCAGUCAACGUGGUCUGGGAUUGACCGUUUUCGCGGCCGCUCCCUUUCUAGGACCCUCUCUUGGCCCGAUCGUGGGAGGGUUCAUUGCCGAGACUGUUGGUUGGCGCUGGGUUGAAGGCGUCAUGGCGUUAUACUGUGGCUCCUUUUGGAUCAUCGCUUCAUUCGCGGUUCCUGAGACGUACGCACCUGUAAUUCUGGGACGACGAGCCAAAGAACUCAGCAAACGCACUGGCAAGGUCUACGCAUCUGUCAUCGAACACCGUCAGGGCAAGGUCACACCGGCUGCGGCGUUCCAAAAGGCUCUCGUCCGCCCCUGGGCUCUUUUGUUCCUCGAACCCAUUGUCUUGCUCAUCUCGGUAUGGAUGGCUAUACUCUACGGGACGUUAUUCAUGCUCUUCGGUGCAUUCCCCAUCGUCUUCGCCGAACAACGUGGAUGGUCACAGGGGAUCAGCGGCCUGGCUUUCCUCGGAAUCACAUGUGGCCAGAUUUGCGGGACAAUCUACUGCAUCAACGACAACAAUCGUUAUAAGCGCUUGGAAAAGAAGUAUAACGGCGAAGCCCCACCUGAAGUCCGACUGCCUCCCGCUCGAAUUGCUGCCGUUGUCAUACCGUUGGGAAUGUUCAUUUUCGCGUGGACAAACUACCCUCAUAUCCACUGGAUAGUGUGCAUCAUCUUCACGGCUCCGUUUGGCUUUGGCACGGUCCUUGCUUUCCUUGCUGGAAUCAACUACCUCAUCGAUGCUUACACGAUCUACGCCGCGAGUGUACUGGCAGCGAGUGCAGUGCUUCGAGCCCUGUUUGCAGCAGUUUUCCCUCUCUUCACGACGUAUAUGUUCGAUAACCUGGGCAUCCAUCUUGCUAGUACAAUCCCUGCGAUCCUCGCUGCAGCGUGUACACCUUUUCCGUUCAUCUUCUACAAAUACGGCAAGUCGAUCCGGAUGAAGUGUAAAUAUGCCGCGCACGCCCACGAGGUCAUGUCUCAAAUCAGGGCGAGGCAAAAGGCCGUCCAGGAGGAGGAGGAGCGUGAAAAUGAAGAAGAGAAGUUGGCACAGGAUGAAGCCAGAAUGAGUUCCGACAAGGCAGCAGGCCAGAAAGCGACAUCAAUGGACGAGAAGGAGCAAGAGUAGUGCAAGUUUGCAAGCCUUUGAUUCUGAGCGGAUUUGCAUAGCGUUGGGACUGGAUAUGAUUUGUAUCCAAUUUGGUAUCAUAAGUCAUGACAGCAUGUAUAGACAAAUUAGAUUGGAUGAUUGGUCGAUUGGACUGAGUGGAAGUUGGGGACGGAUUACGUCUAGAUAAUGAGUAGGUAGGUAAUAUGUGACGAGGGAAAAAGUACACACAAAUCCGAGAUGAAUAUACGAAAUAACCAAAUUCA